UUCCUGUGUUGCUCGCUUCUCUUUGACAAACGAGGGAAAGUUCAAACGAAACCCCUCCAGCUUUUUCACCAAAUACCGAUGUGAUGUUUGGUUAAAAUGUAUCAGCCGACCUCUUUACUCGAGAAGUGGAGUCAGGAGAACAACGAGUUGGUAAAUAAGUGCAAGCAGCAGGAGGCAGCUGGAGGUGCUGUGAGCCGAGACCACAGCCAGUCCAGCCUGAGGUGGUGUUCCUCUGAAUUUCACAAACUUUUGAGGAAAAUCCAAGGUAUCCCUCCUCAUGUAGAUCACUCCCAGCUGGAGUUGGCAGUGGUGUACAAUACGUGUGUAUGCUUUACUGCUCAGUCUCAGUUUUCAGAAGCUGAGCUGCUCCUCAAAGAAGCCACUGAGCGAGUGUUACAGGUGACAGGAAAUAACGCUGAUACUUCUGAUCCGCUUGUGCUGUGGAGAGCAGGGCUUAAAUCAGCGGGAAACACAGCUUUGCAUCCUCAUGUUUUGUACCUCCUCUGUCUGCAGUGGGCACUAUGGCUGGCCAAAUGCCAGCUAGAAAAUAUAUGGGAAUUACAAGAGCAGAUGUCUUCUCUUUGUGAGCUAGUAUGUGAUGGAGUUGGGGAUGGCAGUCCAAGCGAGGCAAAAGGAAGGUUGUCAAAGAGUCCUCUGUUGGUGAUGGAACUUAAAAGGCUUACCGAAUUAUUACAGAUCUGCACUUCCAUUGCUCAAGGUGCAGAAAAGCUGAAUGAGGGUCGGAGUUCGGAAGCAUUGUCUGAUCUACAGGCGGCUUCUGCCCUGUCAGCUACCAGGGCUCUAGUGGCAUAUACACACCUUCUUUCAGGCUCCUGCCUCGCUCAUAUGAACCGCCCACAGAUGGCACUGCAGUGUUACAAGAGGGCACUCGAGACAGACUCCCGUUGUGUGUGUGCUCUGUACCGAAGCAUGCUCAUCUAUAGACAGCUGGGAAACACACAGGCUGAGAUACAGGCUCUUCGCCUACUGCACUCAACUUUGAUGUUGCCCCCUGCUACAGAGCCCGUUUUGGGAGGUAUCCAUCCCCUCUCUCCGUCCUUACUCCUCAGUAGCCAUUCACUAAGCAGGCUGCUUUUAGUCCCCUCUGCCCUAAGUGUCCUUUACAGCCUUGCCCUCAAGUGUGUGCUCAGUGGCAGGGUUACUGAGGGUGUUGAACAUUAUCUGGAUCUGCUGGCUGCUCUUCACUCAGAGGAUCAACAUGCAGUAAGAGUGAAAAUAAUAACAAACAAAAUCACAAUUCAAUUCUCCUUAAUGGGUUCAGUGACAUGUAUUUGUUUGCCUCAGGUAGAUGCUGAGGUUUCUGUCCUUCCCAGGAUGCCGGAGCUUUACCUGGAGGCUGGCGCUGCCUUGCUCUUUACCCGGCGUCCUGCAGAUUGUAUGGCGCUCUGCAAUGAAGUCAUCAGCACGACACUGGAGCUGGUACCAGAGAAAGUGGUGUUGGAAGAGCCAGACGAAGGAAUUGGAGGAGACGCGAGGGGUCUGAGUGUGGAGGGUGAAGAUAAGGUGGCGAUGCUCCUCUGGGCCGCAGCUGCUUACCUCCUCCAGGGUCACUGCCACGCUCACUUGAAGGACUGGAAACAAGCUGUGACUCAUUACACGAGGUGCAUCAACCUGCUGGUGAAGGUGCACUUAAAAAACAGAGAUUUCCAACCCCAGAUCCCUGCUGCAGAUGUGAAUGUUAAACAUGGGAAAGAUCUCUGUGCCCUACAAAGAAUGAAGGGGCUUUCACUAGCAUGGAGGGGUAUCAGCUUCACCCAGAUGGACCAGCUGAGAGAGGCGCUGAGGGACCUCCAGCUCAGCCUGCAGGCCUUCCCAGAUUAUACAGGAGCUGGGCUGUGGUGCGGUGAGGUGCUAUGGAGGCUUGGCAGGAAGCACGAGGCAGCAGCUUGCUGGGAAAAGACCUGGAGCCUCACGACUCAAACCUCAGUGGAAAAACUGCCUUUGUACCUACAGGAUCCUCAGUCUGGCCCUUUGUUGGACUCUGUGGAGUUGCGCCUUAGAAUACAGGAACUUGGCCUUACCUAAUCAGACUGGAGACAAAAGAAGAAUUACUUGUGACUUAAUGAGUUGGAUCGAUUUUGCUAUGGGUUUCAUUUCCCACGCCAUACAUACAUGGACCUACAGGGACAAUAAAAUAAGCUUACUGUAAGCGUUUGAAACUAAGGAUGGGCACAGUGUAUGUGUAUUGUAUGCAUGACAAACAACAAACAAAACCCAAAGAAAGAAACAAAAAAAGCAACAUUUUACAACUUCAACCUAAAGCGCUCUGUCUAUGCAAUAAAAGGUCACGUGGCCUGAAACAGAGACGUGGUGUCAAAACCAGUGGGCGCAGCCAUGAAUCACAUGCCACUGUUUUCUUUUUAUUAUUAUUAUUAUUAUUAUUAUUAUUAUUAUUAAUAAUUAUAAUAUAAUUAAUCCCCUAAUGGAAGAUUAGGGGAUGCAUUGUUUGGAGUCACUGAACUGGCUUUAAGAAAAAGUCUGGUGAGGUGAUCUAGCCAAUAAAGUUCUCUCUACAUCAGCAAACCUUUAAUAUGCUGUACAUGCACUGUCAGCUGAAUUUUCAAAAACGGUUAAGCAAAAAAAAACAAAACAAUGAGCUACACUGCAGUCCCCCCUCCACACACCAUACAGGGAAAAGUAUCUGUCAUGCCAGUUCCUCCAGUAUAAUACUCAGCUUGGUUACCAUACCACACUCUAGCUGACAACUGUUCCAUCAGCAUCUCCAUUAAGAUAAACUGGACAUUGAUCAUUACAUGAUGGACUGCCUUGAUAAAUGAUGUAUACCAUAUAUCAGACUGUGUGAUGGCUGGUGUUUGGAAUGAGGUGUUGUGGAUGGGUUAGCCGACAAUCCAUUAAGGGAACAUAAUUUACUUAGGAUGUCUUUGAUCAAAUUUCAAGCUACAAAAAUGUAUUGCUAUCUAACAUCUUGUCUCAUUUUUUUUAAAUUUGAAUAAAUGAAGUAUAUCCUGUUGUUUUUCU